AUGAUGAAGCUACAUUCGUGGCAUUCUCGAAAGUUGAUCAAUUCGUUCUUGGCAGACUUCAUUGUCAAACAGGGUGGUUGCAGCGUUGGUCGACCAAUGGCGGUCCAGUCUGCCGUACUCAGCAAUGUUAGGUCUGCUCCAAUAUCGAGACUCACGCCUAUUGUCUCUCCAUCAACACGCGCUCUACGGUAUGCGGAUUACAGCGACGUUAGCAUGAGUCGAAGCGAUGAUGACGAUGUUGCCAGAUUUCCUCUUCUGCUUCGGAUUCCUCUUCUUUCCCGAGAAAUUCCUGCAGAAUCCUCGCUUGUGUCCAGAGCGUUUACAGUCGUGGCAUGUCUUGUUCAGGAAUGUGCAGUCUCUAGACCAGUUAUUGGCUCGGCACCGAAAACAAGGUGA